ACGUUGAAAGACAAGACAAACGAAGAAUUAACUUCGUAAUUAUCUCUGAUCCCGRAUAUCGCCCGGAUAGGAAGAACACCGCAGCAAAGAAACAGGAAGAGACUGGACACGUUUUUCAUUCGCCGACAGCACUAAUUCUGUUUUUCACUGAUCUCCGCUGCGGAGAGAGUCCACCAUUUCGAAUUUACGGGUGGCGUCAUCUGCAACCAAAACAACUGGACAUUUUACGAAGUACGCUAAAGAGUAUCCAAUAUUGUUGUUGAAGAAGGCCUUCUACAAGCGAGCACGUCGAGUAUAUGAAAGAUCAAACGCUUCAUUUGCUUCAAACUUUUUGCCUUCAAUGUUACGAGGACAAAACCGACUUCCCACGAUAGCAGCAUGAACAAGCAAAUCGAUCGCACCGCCCCCGUCGUUUCUAAGACUACUUCAUUCGGAAUGAGAAAAUCAACAUUCUACUUCUUGGUGGCUUGCCUCUUUGGUAACUCGUCCUCGCUGUCAUCACAGCCACAUAAUAGAAUGGGACCAAAAUGUACCGAAGAAAAUAUAAUCGAGAGCAGAGUGAACGAAGCUGUAUUUGAUUCUCUGAGCGAAUCAACACUCUCUCACUUUUCGUCGUCUAGUAAAAGAGGUUUCAACAAAACGACAUCGGAUUCGAUCAUUGGCGGCCGACAAGGACAACAGAGGUCGAGUCUUAUGCAAUCUAAUUUUCCAGAGAGACUAAAAGAUUCUUCUACUUCGUCACUAUCGAGCACUUCCAUACUUCCUCAGUCGUUUAGACUGGUCCGUAACGAUGUUAUAGACCAACUGAGGCGAAACGAGAACUUUGAUGACGCGAAAAUGAUAAUUUCUGGGAUGAUUGAAUACUUAAGAGAGAACUGUUUGUGCGUUAUCGUUGAAGACAAGAACGAACCGCUUGAAACGGAAACGACCUCAGCAACGUCAGCUGAGAAUAGGACGCAGAUAUACGAUCAAAAGCAGUACAAUAAACAAAUAAUUUCGCCCCAAGACCAUAGAGAUAUUUCGGAAACAAUCGACGAGGCCUUCCAAGCCUUUUUUGCACGGGCGUUUGCACCGAUAUCACUCAACAACGACAACAUAAACCGGAACAAAGAUCAAAAGCGAAGCUCUUGGAAUCGGGUUGCCCUUGGCAUCGAAUUGCUACAGUUGCAGUUGGCAUCUUCUGACGUUCUAGUGGCUCCAUACCAUAAUAUUCCGAAAAGUGUUAUUGUGAAAGCCCUUGCUGCAGUAACCAGAUUACAGGAGAGGCAACAGCGAGGUUACCAGCAAAACCGUGUUGAUAUGAGUGAUGAAACUCUAAUUAUCCAUCCCGAUACCGCAUUUCGACUUCUGCAACGGCUUGCGACAGGCUUUGGGGUUCGGAAUUCACAUCGUUCGCAAUAUUUUAGAAAUUCAGAAAAAAAAGUCAGCAAUGGAAAGAGUUCUGCGCGAUUGGCCCCACUCCAUGAAGUUGAUUUCAACCGAGUUCUCAAUAUUUACUCAAGUACAGGAAAAAUGGAAAUGGCCCAUCGUGUCAUUGCACUCCAAGAAAGAACCCCACAUGCUCCUGCCUUGUCUCCUGUCACCUAUUCUAUUCUUGUCAAGGGCUACGGUAAACUUAGCGAUGCAGAAAACAUCGAUGUGCUCCUUCGCCACGCAGCAGCGAUGGAGGAAGGUGAAAGUAUCAUGAAACCAGACACAAUAUUUUUCAACUCAUUGAUGGAUGCCUACAUAAAUUGUCGCCAGCUUCACAAAGCGCAAACCAUACUCAUGGCGAUGGUCUCCAACGAUAAAUUUAUCAGUGAUGCAAUCGACAGAAGGGUACCAGAACUGGAUUUGAAUAGCAAUAAAAACAAAUUUUUUACCUUCCCCCCCAAUGUUUGUCCUCCUCCCAAUCUGAGGUCGUAUAAUAUUCUACUCAAAGGGUACGCCAAAGAGGGAAUGUUGCAAGAUGCAUUGGACCUUACAAAUGAAAUGAUCUCUAUCGGAUCGCGCAGUAAUAAUUCCGGACAGUGGUGGGACCACGUGACGACUAACACAUUGGUCCAAGCGGCUGUUGUUGCAAAGGAGUUUGAUAUUGCUCAGGAUAUUUUGGAUCGACAUAGUUUGUCGGUAGGAAGCUUCAAAAAAUCUCGUAGUUUGGAUCAUCCAAACGCAGAUGCAUAUACGACCCUGAUGGACGGGUAUGCGAAAGAUAGUAAAUUGAAGCAAGCCAUCAAGUUGUUGAAAACUAUGAAAGACCGAAAAGUGAAAGCCAAUGAAUAUCAUUACUCAUGCUUGAUCGGAAGUCUAGCGCAUGAGGGAAGAAUCGAACAUGCUGAGAAAAUGCUAGUCCAUGUAAAGACUCAUGGAGCUAUACCUCGAAACCAAUUGAGAGUUAUUUACAAUGCCUAUAUUUCAGGUUUAGUCCAAAAAACAGGACACUAUUCUACUAACGCAGUCGACAAUGAGCAUGAACAAAAUAUUAAUAAGGCUCUAUUGAUAUUGAGAGAAAUGAUCGAAGAAAGAAUAAUGCCCGAUGCAAAUACGGUAGCGAUCAUUCUUGAUGGCUUCGGUCACUGUAUAAAACCACGAAUGAAAGAAGCCGUGACCCUGGUUGAAAGGUUGGAGACACAAAGGAUUAUACCUAUGAACCAUAUAAGGGUCACUACUGCUUUGGUUCGCGUUUGUGGUUCUUGCCAGAGUUUAGACGGAGCCGUAGCAUGCUUUCGGCGACUUUCACGGCCGGAUGUUACUGCUAUCAAUGCCCUGAUUGAUGCCGCAGUUCGAAGCGGUAAUGACAAUGUUGCGGUUGAAACUUUCAAUAGAUAUUUUUCAGGUGAUAUCCCUCGUGCAGUUCCAAACGUAAUAUCAUUUUCGACCUUGAUUGGUGCUCAUAUGAAGAAAGGAACAUUCGAUGGAUCUCGAGCUGCUCGGGAACUAUACCAAGAUAUGAGAUUCCAACGUCGGAUCCUUCCUGAUAAGGGUCUUGUAGAUGUGUGAGUUGUUAUAAUAACGAGAUAUGCUGGAUCGCACUUUGAAGCGCUUUUCAUCGCUGACAUUUUUCUCAAAUUUUCAAAUUAAACAUUGCAGCAUUGUGAAGGGCAUCGUGGAUACAAGCAGAGCUUGCGGAGUACAAGCGUCUGAUGCMCGUUUUGUUGCUGGUGUCUUGCGUGACGCUGAAAAGCUUGAUUGGGAAGAAGGCCAAUUGGACCGAAGAAAGAGAGCUGUCGAAUCUGCGAUGAAUAACCAUGUUGCAAAUGCUUGGGAAGAAGAAGCCGAGCUAUACGGAUUGUGGAAGAAAGAUAGCUCCAGGAGCAAUCUGAAGGACAACAAUAUGUUUGAGCGGUAUGGUUGGAAUAAAGUCGAUUCAGGUUUUCGAUUAUGGGGCCCCGGGAAGGAGACAGGAAGCACCACCGAUGAUUUCUUAGAGUCAAAGGGGUGGAACGAUAUAAACUCUGGAUUUCGUGUUUUUUUUUAACGCUAUUUCGACGUGAACGAUAAAUUAAGAAUUAAAGAAAAUACAGUAGUUCAAAGUUUGUCGUAGUCCCACUUAAGGUGGAUGCUAAUAUAUUGCUUUCCUUCCA